AGCUCGUUAGGCGCGCGCGCCCCAAGCAGCCUAACUGAGUUAGCUUCUUGGGUGUUCUGGGCUUUCUCCUUGGGAUUUGACUAUUUGUCGACUCUGUUGUCUACGAUUUUCGGCAUGCCGUCCUCUUUGCUGGGUGCAGUGAUGCCGACCUCUACGUCGGCCUCAGCCCUGCAGGAAGCUCUGGAAAAUGCGGGGCGGCUUAUCGACCGUCAGUUGCAAGAAGACCGCAUGUACCCGGACCUUUCUGAGCUGCUCAUGGUGUCUGCYCCAAGUAAUCCCACUGUUUCAGGCAUGUCAGAUAUGGAUUAUCCUCUACAAGGACCUGGUUUGCUAUCAGUACCCAAUCUUCCAGAGAUCAGUUCCAUCCGAAGAGUUCCUCUCCCACCUGAACUUGUCGAACAGUUUGGACAUAUGCAGUGUAACUGCAUGAUGGGAGUUUUUCCUGCCAUCAGCAGAGCUUGGCUAACAAUUGAUAGUGACAUAUUCAUGUGGAACUAUGAGGAUGGAGGAGACCUUGCCUAUUUUGAUGGACUUAGUGAGACAAUCCUUGCUGUGGGACUUGUGAAACCAAAAGCUGGCAUCUUUCAGCCUCAUAUACGACACCUCUUGGUUUUGGCAACCCCYGUGGAUAUAGUAAUUCUUGGACUCAGUUAUGCCAAUUUGCAGACAGGUUCUGGGAUUCUUAAUGAUAGUAUGUCUGGUGGAAUGCAGUUGCUUCCAGAUCCUUUAUAUUCUCUUCCCACUGAUAAUACUUACCUUUUAACAAUAACAUCAACUGAUAAUGGCAGAAUUUUCUUGGCUGGAAAGGAUGGCUGUUUAUAUGAAGUAGCAUACCAAGCAGAAGCAGGUUGGUUUAGUCAAAGAUGUAGGAAGAUAAACCACUCAAAGAGCUCACUUUCUUUCCUUGUUCCUUCCUUGCUACAAUUUACAUUCUCAGAAGAUGACCCUAUUGUUCAAAUUGCAAUUGAUAAUUCUAGAAAUAUCUUAUAUACACGAUCAGAGAAAGGAGUAAUACAGGUUUAUGACUUGGGCCAAGAUGGACAGGGAAUGAGUAGAGUGGCCUCAGUUUCCCAGAAUGCUAUUGUCUCUGCUGCUGGAAACAUUGCAAGGACCAUUGAUCGUUCUGUUUUUAAGCCAAUUGUUCAGAUAGCAGUGAUUGAAAAUUCUGAAUCAUUGGACUGUCAGUUAUUGGCUGUCACACAUGCAGGUAUCAGGUUAUAUUUCAGCACUUGUCCAUUUAGACAGCCAUUAGCACGGCCUAAUACACUGACACUGGUUCACAUUCGCUUACCUCCUGGAUUCUCAGCAUCUUCAACAGUGGAAAAGCCUUCAAAAGUACAUAAAGCUCUUUAUAGUAAAGGUAUUCUAUUGAUGGCAGCCUCAGAAAAUGAGGAUAAUGACGUUUUAUGGUGUGUCAACCAUGAUACAUUUCCUUUCCAAAAGCCAAUGAUGGAAACCCAGAUGACAACCCGUGUUGAUGGUCAUUCUUGGGCUCUUUCUGCAAUAGAUGAAUUGAAAGUAGAUAAAAUAAUUACACCUUUAAAUAAGGAUCAUAUCCCAAUAACUGACUCUCCAGUUGUUGUACAGCAACACAUAUUACCUCCAAAGAAAUUCGUUCUCCUCUCAGCACAGGGUAGUCUUAUGUUUCAUAAACUAAGACCUGUAGAUCAACUAAGGCACCUACUUGUGAGCAAUGUGGGUGGAGAUGGAGAAGAGAUUGAAAGRUUCUUUAAGUUACAUCAGGAAGACCAGGCUUGUGCAACUUGCCUUAUCCUUGCUUGCUCCACUGCUGCUUGUGAUAGAGAAGUAUCUGCUUGGGCUACACGAGCUUUCUUCAGGUACGGAGGUGAAGCACAGAUGAGAUUUCCAGCUACUCUCCCCACUCCGAGUAAUGUUGGUCCCAUCUUGGGAUCUCCUGUUUAUUCUAGUUCUCCUGUUCCUAGUGGUAGUCCCUACCCAAAUCUGUCCUUUUUGGGAACACCAUCUCAAGGUAUACAGCCUCCUGCUAUGUCAACUCCUGUGGGUGCCAUGGGAAACCCAGCUGCUCAGGCCACAAGUAUGAGUUGUAUGACUGGCCCAGAGAUUGUGUACUCUGGAAAACACAAUGGUAUUUGCAUUUAUUUUUCUCGGAUAAUGGGAAAUAUCUGGGAUGCUAGCUUGGUUGUGGAGAGGGUAUUCAAGAGUGGCAACAGAGAGAUCAUGGCAAUUGAAAGUAGUGUUCCCUGCCAACUUCUGGAGUCAGUACUACAAGAACUGAAAGGUUUGCAGGAAUUUCUAGACAGAAAUUCCCAAUUUGCAGGAGGACCAUUAGGAAAUCCAAAUUGUAUUUUCUCAUUAGAGGCUCAGCUGAGUGAAAAGGUUUCACUUCAGGCAAUUCAGCAGUUGGUUCGAAAAUCAUACCAGGCCCUGGCUUUAUGGAAACUUCUUUGUGAACAUCAGUUUACUGUCAUUGUAGGAGAACUUCAGAAGGAAUUUCAAGAGCAGCUGAAGAUCACCACUUUUAAAGAUCUGGUAAUCAGGGACAAAGAACUCACAGGGGCAUUAAUUUCUUCUCUUAUCAACUGCUACAUCAGAGAUAAUGCUGCUGUUGAUGGCAUUAGUUUACAUUUACAGGACAUCUGCCCACUUCUGUAUAGCACUGAUGAUGCAGUUUGUUCUAAGGCAAAUGAGCUUCUCCAGCGUUCCCGACAAGUUCAAAGUAAGUCUGAAAAGGAAAGAAUGUUAAGGGAAUCAUUAAAGGAAUAUCAAAAGAUCAGCAAUCAAGUGGAUCUUUCCAACGUUUGCAUUCAGUAUAGACAAGUGCGUUUUUAUGAGGGUGUGGUGGAACUUUCUCUUACUGCUGCAGAGAAGAAAGAUCCUCAGGGUCUUGGACUUCAUUUCUAUAAACAUGGAGAGCCAGAAGAAGACAUGGUUGGACUUCAAGCUUUCCAAGAAAGAUUAAACAGCUACAAGUGCAUUACAGACACCCUUCAAGAGCUUGUAAAUCAAAGUAAGGCUGCUCCUCAGUCUCCUAGUGUACCCAAAAAACCUGGUCCUCCAGUGCUAUCAUCUGAUCCCAAUAUGCUGAGCAAUGAAGAAGCAGGACACCAUUUUGAACAAAUGCUCAAAUUGGCUCAGCGAUCCAAGGAUGAGCUCUUUAGUAUUGCUCUUUAUAAUUGGUUAAUACAAGCUGACCUUGCCGAUAAGCUACUACAGAUUGCUUCUCCAUUUCUGGAGCCAUAUCUAGUCCGAAUGGCCAAAGUGGAUCAAAACAAAGUUCGUUAUAUGGAUUUACUCUGGAGGUAUUAUGAGAAGAACAGAAGUUUUAGUAAUGCUGCUCGUGUCCUAUCCAAAUUGGCUGACAUGCAUAGCACAGAAAUUUCACUUCAGCAACGGUUAGAGUACAUUGCCCGAGCCAUUCUUAGUGCCAAAAGUUCCACUGCCAUUUCGUCAAUAGCUGCAGAUGGUGAAUUCCUUCAUGAAUUAGAAGAAAAAAUGGAAGUUGCUAGGAUCCAACUUCAAAUUCAAGAAACACUACAAAGACAGUAUUCCCAUCAUUCUUCUGUACAGGAUGCAAUUUCUCAGUUGGAUUCUGAGUUAAUGGACAUAACUAAGCUUUAUGGGGAAUUUGCUGACCCAUUUAAACUCGCAGAGUGUAAACUUGGAAUAAUUCAUUGUGCUGGUUAUUCAGACCCCAUAUUGGUGCAGACCCUUUGGCAAGAUAUCAUAGAGAAAGAGUUGAAUGAUAGUGUAACAUUGAGCUCCACAGAUAGAAUGCAUGCUCUCAGUCUGAAGAUCGUCCUCCUUGGCAAAAUUUAUGCUGGUACACCUCGCUUCUUCCCUUUAGAUUUUAUUGUACAGUUCUUAGAGCAGCAAGUUUGUACUUUGAACUGGGAUGUAGGGUUUGUAAUACAGACCAUGAAUGAAAUUGGAGUACCAUUACCUAGACUAUUAGAAGUUUAUGAUCAACUAUUCAAAUCAAGGGAUCCAUUCUGGAACAGAAUGAAGAAGCCACUACACCUUUUGGAUUGUAUCCAUGUGCUAUUAGCAAAAUAUGUUGAGAAUCCUAACCAAGUUUCAAAUUGUGAGAGGAGAAGAUUUACAAAUCUCUGCCUGGAUGCUGUUUGUGGUUAUCUGGUUGAGCUCCAGUCUAUGAGCUCUUCAGUAGCAGUCCAAACCAUCACUGGGAAUUUUAAAUCCCUUCAAGCAAAAUUAGAAAGACUUCAUUGAUAAUUGUAAUGUAUUUUUGUCCAUGCAUUUUGAUCUGUAAAAUAAAAGCUUAGCUGGGUCCAGAUAUCAAGUAUUCUAAGAAUUUAGAUGCAAUUUUAAUAGAAAUGUGUUUUUAAUAAGUGGCUAAUACUUACAAAUAUAGCACAUUUGCCAAAAGAAUUCUUUUAUAUGACUAUAUUUUGUUUUUUAAUAGUGGGUUUGGAACUAACUAAAUAAAUAAUUGGUAUGGGCUGGGGUUGUAAUUCAGUGAUGAGGGUUUUCUGUGUUGCCCCGAAUUCAAUCCCCUACACCAAAAAUAACAAUAAUAAUGAUAAUUGGUUUAGGAAAUAAUAAAUUAGGUUAUGUUUAUAUUUAACACAAGGAUU